CGACGUCAGUAACCUCGUCAUAAUAAAACUGAUUUUGGGAUAAACGAAUUUUCUAAAGCAGCGACGCGUGUUUGAAAAUCUGCCAUCGACAAUUUCGUCAAAUUCAAAGCCAAAUCCGGCCUUGGCUUCCCUAUAAUUCCCAGUUUGCUUCCCCACCACUCAAGGACCUUGGAAUCCGAAAUCAAAAAUGGCUUCCAUCUACUGCUGUACAGAGUGCGGAACCAACCUAAACUUAAGCACAACCCAUCUCUUCCCUCCAGACUUCUACUUCGAAGCGGGAAACAAGGGCACCCUCUCCUUCGCCUUGAUCGACGCCUCCAAGUUCAAGUUAGAGAAAGAGGACAAGAUCAGGCCUUUUUUUGAGACCGUUAAUUACUGGGGGAUCGUACGAAACAGGACCAAGAUCAAGUGCAAUAACUGUGGCAAACUCGUUGGUUAUGUUUAUGAUGACGGUCCUCCUCUCACCAACAGUCCCGGUCAAUACCAUUUUGGGCCCAGUCAGGUGAUCCCUAGAGCUCCUAGAUAUCGGUUCAAGACCAAGGCGCUUAACAUCAUGUCUGAAACUUGAAGAACUUUUCUGAUUAUGGUUUCUGGUUUUUGUAGAUAUUUUGGGUUGGGGGUUUCUUUGGUUUGGUCUAUGUAUACGGACGAUCUUGUUAUGUGAAUUUCGAUCACUCUAUUUCUUCAAUCCAAUAGAGAUUUUUAUGCCAAUUAAAGAGAAUCCAUCUCAUCAUUCCCUUCAGUUUAUUAAAUUGAUUCGUUCUUUUUUUUUUUCUUGAACUUUAGAUUUGAUUGGUGAUAUUUUAGGCUGCGGUUUGCAGAGUCAGAUACGAAACUAAUAGGGGGUUUGAAAUUGAACAGAACAAAGGUCGCAUGUUCCUGUCGGAGAACCAGGAAUGCGUCUAAUAUCUAACAGUUUCAGGAGAUGUUGAUGUGUUGCAGGUAUCAACCUCAGCAAAAACCAUAUAUGGAAGCCUUGAAUUAUCCACCGUGAUGAUAAUUUCAGAACGUAAUCUCAAUCGUAUUCAACCACCUAUUGCGAUGCUUACUCUGUCGCAGAGGUAGGUUGCUAAGUGAUAACUUCAAUAAAUAGAACCAAUCAGACUCAGCUGUUUGCAAGGGUAGUAAAUUCCCAGAUCAAGAAAUUGUUUAUUUUGGUCUUAGCUGAUAAAAAGUUUCGGGUGAACCUUGUAUCAUCGGAGUAAAUACUGGUGCUAAUGACUUGAAAUUCGUUUCUGCAAUUUACCUUGUUGCAUCAGUCUAUUCCAUGGUUUGAGUUGCAGUGAAAGUCCACUGCUAAAUAAAAUUUUGAGGGAACAUCAAGGAUGGUUCUCAUUAAUUGAUUCUCAUUGAUCUAUUAAAUAUGAAAGGGUUUAUCCAAACCAUGGGAACAACCAUUGGAUUAUUCUGGAGUCUGGACUGUUGGGCGAUUUAAUUGGACCUGAUUUUGAGUUGGGGUUAGUGGUAGGUAUGUGUUUGACCGAAGAAAAAUAUUGAUUAAACCAUUUCCCAGAACUUUUCUUCGGCCUAAUUUUUUAUAUGGCAGUUUCUUUCAUUCCAGUAUAUGGAUUAUCCAUAUCUUACUUGUCUUCACUUGUCAUUCUUACUACUUGAAAUUGCAUCUACCGGUCAAAAUUUUGCAUGCUGGUUAGUGUUGAGAAACCAGCCAAGCAAUUCCAAAAUUGAAAACCUUAGAGCACCCAAGAAACCAAUCUAUCACUCACAGUUGAAAGUUAGGUUGGAUUAGUAGCUGUGGGGGGUUGGUUAUGGAAGUGGCUUGUUACUUAUUCAAUAAUUUGUACCCUGCUAUUUUGUUAUUUCACCUGAUCAUCUCAAACUUGGACUUGAGGCAAAGCUAAGUAGCAUAUUCAACCAAAGAGUUCUAUGAUUAUGAAUCCAACAAAGUUGGAAACUGACAGUAUCAUUGGUAAGCCUAAACAGGCAAUCCCCCCACCGCCACUUCCAAGAUUCUGGGCAAGGAAGACUACUGCCGACAGUAUAACAAACCGAGAGAUUGCCAAGUUCUGGAGGCAGAAGCGCAUUGAAGAAGAGGAUCACCUACUGGCUGCCAUCAAGGCUGCAGCACGCAUCAGGGCCCGCAAUCUGUCGGAGGAAGACUGUUAAGUGUUUUGAAGAGUCACUGAGCAAUGAAGAUAACAACGCUAAGGAGAAGAUCACAGCCCCAACCAACAACGGAAAAGGAGAUAAAAAAAAUAAUGAAAUUCGUGUGGGAAUAAAGGACUGGUGGACAAAGAGCAAGUAUGCGUACUUAAACCAACCAGCUGUUGAAUCCAUGGGCGAUCCAAGCGAGGAGCAUCCACUUAUUUU